UGUGCAUUUACCGCCCCCCCGGCCAAGAAGGCCACGGAGGAGGACGGCCAAGAGCAGAAGGUCCCGGAAGCCACCAACCGCCGGGUCUGGGAACUGUCCAAGGCCAAUUCUCGAUUUGCCACUAACUUCUACCAGCACCUGGCAGACUCCAAGAAUGACAACGACAACAUUUUCCUGUCACCCUUGAGCAUCUCCACGGCUUUUGCUAUGACCAAGCUGGGUGCCUGUAAUGACACUCUGAAGCAGCUGAUGGAGGUUUUUAAAUUUGAUACCAUCUCUGAGAAAACAUCGGACCAGAUCCAUUUCUUCUUUGCCAAACUGAACUGCCGACUCUAUCGAAAAGCCAACAAGUCCUCAGACUUGGUAUCAGCCAACCGCCUUUUUGGAGACAAAUCCCUCACCUUCAACGAGAGCUAUCAAGAUGUUAGUGAGGUUGUCUAUGGAGCCAAGCUCCAGCCCCUGGACUUCAAGGAGAAUCCGGAGCAAUCCAGAGUGACCAUCAACAGCUGGGUAGCUAAUAAGACUGAAGGCCGCAUCAAAGACGUCAUCCCCCAAGGCGCCAUUAACGAGCUCACUGCCCUGGUGCUGGUUAACACCAUUUACUUCAAGGGCCUGUGGAAGUCAAAGUUCAGCCCUGAGAACACAAGGAAGGAACCAUUCUACAAAGCUGACGGGCAGUCAUGCCUUGUGCCCAUGAUGUACCAGGAAGGCAAAUUCAAAUACCGGCGCGUGGCAGAGGGCACCCAGGUGCUAGAGCUGCCCUUCAAGGGCGAUGACAUCACCAUGGUGCUCAUCCUGCCCAAGCCUGAGAAGAGCCUGGCCAAGGUGGAGCGGGAACUCACCCCGGAGCUGCUGCAGGAGUGGCUGGAUGAGCUGUCCGAGGUGAUGCUUGUGGUGCACAUGCCUCGCUUCCGCACCGAGGAUAGCUUCAGCCUGAAGGAGCAGCUGCAAGACAUGGGCCUCACUGAUAUCUUCAGCCCUGAGAAGUCCCAACUCCCAGGGAUCGUUGCUGGGGGCAGGGAUGAUCUCUUUGUCUCUGAUGCAUUCCACAAAGCAUUUCUUGAGGUAAAUGAGGAAGGCAGUGAAGCAGCAGCGAGUACUUCUGUCGUGAUUACUGGCCGGUCACUGAACCCCAAUAGGGUGACCUUCAAGGCCAACAGGCCCUUCCUGGUUCUUAUAAGGGAAGUUGCAUUGAACACUAUUAUAUUCAUGGGGAGAGUGGCUAAUCCUUGUGUUAACUAAAAUAUUCUUA